AUGCUGGACUUUGUGUUUGCUGUUGAUGAUUCUGUAACCUGGCAUAUGAUGAACUUACUAAAGAACAGGAGUCAUUAUUCCUUCCUAAAAGUUUUUGGGCCAAAACAGAUAAGUAGUGUACAGAGCUAUGGAGCAGGGAUUUACUACAAUACUUUAGUGCCAUGUAAUGGUAGGGUGAUAAAAUAUGGUGUAAUUAGCACUGAUACCCUGAUUGAUGAUUUACUUCACUGGAAAACCCUCUAUGUUGCUGGACGCCUACAAAAACCGGUGAAAAUACUGACACAGAAUGAGAAUAGCAAGCUGCAAGCUGCGCUUGUCAGCAAUCUGAAGAGUGCAGUUACAGCAGCCUUUCUCAUGUUGCCGGAAAGUUUCUCUGAAGAAGACCUCUACAUGCAGAUUGCAGGACUCUCCUAUUCUGGUGACUUCAGAAUGGUAAUAGGAGAAGACAGAUCCAAAGUGCAGAACAUAGUGAAACCUAAUGUUCCUCAUUUUCAGAAGCUGUACAGUAACAUAUUACAGGACUGCCCUCAAGUGGUAUAUAAGCACCAUCUGGGAAGGCUGGAGAUUGAUAAAAGUCCAGAAGGUCAAUUUACACAACUAAUGGCUUUGCCAAGGACUCUGCAACAAAAGAUAACUUCUCUGGUAGACCCUCCUGGAAAAAACAGAGAUGUGGAAGAAAUUUUACUGCAAGUUGCCCAUGACCCAGACUGUGGAUUUGUGGUACAUCAAGGCAUUUCAGGAAUUGUGAGAUCUUCCAGUAUAGUGCAGAGUGCUAAAACCAUACUAACAGCUGGUCUUCAGCAGUAUAUGCAUUAGUCCUUUUCAAUGGAAAUGAAGUAUAUACCACAGCCAGGCAUAUCUACAAGGAAGCUUUGGGGGACUUCUAUUACAGCCAGAUUACUAUCUUGCAACACUAACACUUCCAAAAAACCCAACAUGGAUUGUUAAGUAAAACCAGAUACAACUUGUGUUGACACUGAAAUUUUGUGGUCUUGAUUCCAUGUGUAUUAGGUCUUUGUUCUGUAUCAUAUAGUGGAAAAAUCUAAAGGGGAGGUGGAACCACCAAGUCAUAGAUUCAUAGCUAAAGUAGAAAGACAUUUUCAUGUGGUCCAAGUGCUUCAGAUUCUGAGACUGAGCCAUAAUUACAACCAUUAACUUUUACUACAGAUGUGACUCAUCACCCUGAGGGCUGCUUUAAGAAACCAGCUGUAUGUAUAAACCUGUAUUUUGCUUUGUAGCAUAAUGUGCUAGGGCAGAAAUGUAAGCAUCUUAUUACAUAAGGCUGUAGUGGGUGGAGUUCAGUAGAGUGCUCCCUGCAGGGGGAAAAUAUGAAGGGGAAAAAUCUCUUUACGUUGAGCUGCUGCAAGAGGCAGAGUAGGUUGGCAGGGUGAUAGAACAAGCUGACUUGCAGGCUGCAGUGCCAGCACCGUUAAUUACAGUCCUGCAGGGCUGUAUCAGCUGUGUUACUGCUGAUUUGCCACACGCUGUGCUUGCUUCAUUGGAAUGGCAGAACAACAUCAAUUCUGGCACAGCAAUUUCAGUAUUCGAGGGGCUGUGUCCUGCAAGUAUAGUACCUGGGAGACUGGAGGGUAAUUUUCAAAGCUGUACAGUUAUAUAGUUUUAACUUUGGAGCUUGGAACCACUUCUUUCACUUAUGUGCUAUGCCUGAGCUCACUCUACCCUUAUUCUGCAACUGGAAUUCUUACACUGUGUGCAAUUUUAAUGCAGAUAUGUGAGGCACUACAGAUUUUACACAAUUAUUUACUUGUUAUUUGAGAUACUGCAAAGAAAAGCCCAUCGUGACUUCAUUAGUGUGCUUGCUUUUUAGCAAAAAACUAUUAGAUACAGAAAAGUUUGAGCUUGCAUAUGGGAUGAACGUGGUUCUGUAAGUUGAAAAUAUAUGUGUGGAUGAUUACUUACAAAAGGUAAAGUUAAGCUUAUUUAAAUAGCAAUUAGAGACACGAGAAGUGCAAAACUGAUUAUAUAUAGCAUAUUUGUUACAGGCUUUUUACUCUCCAUCACAUUCCUUCAGAUAUUAGAGUAUGCACUUUUCCAUAUUACUGCAUACUCACUUGAAUUCUUGUGACUCCGGACUGCUAAUACUGAAUGAAUCUUGAACUUUAAGUAUUUUAUCUUAAUUUUAUUACUUUUUAAGGUCUUUUCAAAAUCAAAUAUUAUCAUACCCUUCUCCCCCCCUCCCUCCCCCACCCCUCAAAAAAAAGUCCAGUGCAGUAGAUGGCUAAACCUGGGUCAGAGUUGCUCAGUUGUUCCAGAAGAUCUUUCCUUGUCUUCUGGAGUUUCAUACUUUUUGACUUUUGGCUAAAUUGCUUCUGUGUACUUUGCCAGUCCUGUCAGGUAAACUGUGUUCUAUUAAAUAAAUAUAAGAAAGAUUGUAGUAAGUAUAAUGUACCAUACUUUUUAAUCUCUGCAUGUAAGUGUCAAAGAUUUUCUGCAGCAUUAAAAACUUGCCUUUUCAGUUUUGAAUUUGUAAGGGUGUGAUUAGACUCUGGUGUAAUCUGAAAAGUCACUCUGUAUUUUAUGUUGGUUUUUUGUGGGGGGUGGGGGGUGGGGUUAAUCAAAAAAAGCUGGAAGGGGGAAAAGUAAGUAGCUCCACUGGCAAGGAUUUCAGAACUCUGCUGAAAUGCCAAGACUAAUAAUAUUUUGGUUUUAAGUUUUCAAAUACUAGAUGACUAAACCCAGAAAAAGACUAUCUUUUUUUACUCUAGGUCUGUAAGAGAAAGCUCAUCUUUGGUGGAACUUCAGAAAGUGUUUAAUGGUACGCUUUACAAAUCGUGUGUGAGUCAUCCUCAGUCCCUUUGUAUCUAAAAUUUUUAAAAGCUUGGAGGCAAUGACUGCUGCAAAGUCCCUCUGUAUCUUUCUGAAAAUUGAGAACUGCUUUCCUCCUUUGUAGGCCUAGUGAUGGUAUGGUAUUUACCAAAGUUCACUAUUUGUGGGCUACUGCAGGAUGAUGCUAUGACAGUUAUUCUGGCUGCAUGUGAGGUUUAUUAUAAACGAGUGACAGGUAGGUUAUUCUGAAGCAAAACUGGUCCAGACAACAUCCUUGUGACAGGAUAUUCCCAUUGGUUUCCAUGGUAUGCUGCUGAUAUUGGCACUGUUGUCAAAUUAUAGCUGUUUGUCAUAAUCUCAUUAUUUUUGCUUCCUUCAGGUUCACCCGGGUAUAUGCCUUAUUAAUCUGGUUUUCCAUACCCAUCAUCAUUUCAGUAUUAUUUUUUUUACCUAAGGACACAGAUGUAAUUUCAUUAUGCAAGUUGAGCAAUUUUAUUUUCUUGGAGAUGUGCAUUUCUCUUUUGAAAUAGUAGCUGCCAUUAGUUCAGAUGAGGCAAUAACAAAAUUUUCAAGGAGGUUAUAAUGUACUUUCCAACUUAUUGAAACCAAAACAGAUUUCCACCUCAACAGUCAGCAGCACGUUUCCUAUGAAAAAAACAAUGUUCUGUUUCCAUUUUUAGUUCACAAGCCUUUGCAUAGCAAUGUUCUGGGUUUGUUUGUCCUGGAAGGCUGCUGGUGGUGUUCAGUGUUUGAUUACAUUUAAUCAAGCAAGAUGGGCAUCAGUGUGAUGCUUCUCAAUUCUAACUCUGUAGAACUGGCCUACAAGGCAACCAAGUGCCUGGUGUCUAGCAUCAAGCAAAGCUAACUGAAAGCUGAUUAGCAGAUGAAAUUGGUAAAGUAGGAUUUGGAAGUAUAAAGCUUUUUGCCUACCAGUCAUGCAGAGUUUGCUUGUCUUGCUUGAGCAGACUGUUCUUUUGUCCUGGUUCAUGCCUCUCUUUCUCUCUCUCCCUCUCUCCUUUCCUUUUAUCCCUUCAGUAAAAUUUUGGCUGCACACCUGUGGGCAUAGCUGUAGUUCUUGCUGAGUCUCAAGAGCCAAAAUUCUUUGAUAAUUAGAUUCUUCUCACAGAUGUGGCCAGCACACUUAACAGCCAGGAUUUCUCUAAAUAGUCCUGCUUGGGCAUCCUGCUGCAGAAUGUGGUCUCUUGGGUUGCUGGUGUCCAUUACCAGGCCAGAGUACAAUCCUACUCUGCUGGACAUGCCUACUAGCAGUAGAUCAGAAAGGGCUUGGAAAGCGUAAUGUAUUGGUUUGGUGAGGGUCUGCGGUAGACACAGUUGGGUUAAAAGCCUUCAUUUAGGAACAAUGAUGUAAAUCAAAAGUUCCCCUCUGUACUAGUUCAGAGUUUUAUCAUGAAGCUCUACAUUUGCUAUACCUUGGUCAUUGUCUAUACAGUGUACUUGUAUGCAGCAUCAUCAGGCCUUCAGAAUGGACCUGUUCUAUUUCUCAUGCUCUGAUACUAUUAAAAGUAAUUUUUUGUGUCAUUAUUUGCUGUGUUAUGAAUGUGAGAAGACGACUAUUUGUAUGUCUGCCUGAUGGAUUAGGUUGUCAUUCUUCCAGGGUAAUAUUUUACUUAAUGUAAGAACCUACUAUUUGAAUUAGCCUUCCUAAAUGUUCAUAUUUUCUGAGUUUUAUAUCUUUCUU